UUCUAGCAUCUGGGUGUUAUAAAGAAGUGAUUUUUCACUAAUAUUAGCCAUGAACUAGUCUCCUUUCUGAUUUUUUUUUUUUUUCUAAUAAAACCCAGAAAAAAAGAGUGGGUUUUUUUCCUGUGUUCUUCACAUCAAGUUACAUUUUUUUUUUGUAUCCUACUUCGAUUUUAAGUUUCUGUAUGUUACAUAAGAACUUGACCUUUAUUUAACUGUGAAUCAUACAUUUCUCUCUGUUUUUUUUGCUUCCUGAUAAAAACCCAAAAAGCUUUAAGAUGGAGAAGAAUCAACAAACGCAGAAAUUUCCGGUUGAAGAUUCAAACAAGGACUGUUCUGAAGAUAAAUUUGUGUGGCCAUGGGUUGGUCUUGUAGCCAACAUACCAACGGAGGUUGAACCAUCUGGUCGGAGAGUAGGGAAAAGCGGUUCAACGUUGCGUGACGAGCUGACUGUGAAAGGGUUUAAUCCAACAAGAGUUCAACCCAUUUGGGAUUUCAAGGGACAUUCUGGUUAUGAUUUGGUUGAAUUCGCUAAAGAUUUUAAAGGAUUUGAAUGCGCCAUGAAGUUUGAAAGGAGUUUUCAGUCAGACCGUCAUGGGAAGAGAGAUUGGGAUAAAGGUAUUCGCUUUAGAGAUGAUAAGCUUUAUGGAUGGGUUGCGAGAGAGGAAGAUUAUAAUCGAAGUGAUAUUGUUGGAAAGAAUGUUAAGAAGAAGAGAGAUCUGAAAAGUAUCUCGCAGCUUCAGGAAGAAGACGAGAGGAAAAUGGUUCACCUCGUUGAGAGCAUGUCUGAGUCCAUUAAGAUGAAGAAGAAAUGUAAGGAAGAGCUUGAGCAGAAAGUUGAUGAGACAACCCGUUGUUUGGAGAGUUUGGAAUUGCAUAACGUUCUUUUGAACAAAACCUACCAAGAAGGGAUUGAGAAGAUGCAAACGAGUAUGCAAGGUUUGUAUGAUCAGAUUCUGGGAGGACAUCAGAAGUCUAUGGCAGAGCUAGAGGCAAAGAGGGAGAUGCUGGAGGAGCGUGCAAAACAGAUCGAGCAACGUGCAUACAUAAACGAAGAAGAGAUGAGGAGAUCCAGACUCGAAACAGAACUGAAUCAAAAGGCUAUGUGGGAGCAGAAUGAAGCGAAUGAGGAAGCUAUGAAACUUGCAAAAAAGCACCAGAAAGAGAAGGAGAAGCUUCAUCAAAGGAUAAUGGAAAUGGAAGCAAAGCUAAAUGAAACGCAAGAGCUGGAGUUGGAGAUAGAGAAGCUGAAAGGUACGACCAAUGUAAUGAAGCAUAUGGUGGGGAGUGAUGGAGAUGGAGAUAUUGUGGAGAACAUUGCCAAAACUAAGAUUGAGCUUGAGGCUCGAGAAACAGCUCUCCAUGAGAAAAUGAUGGCUCUGACACAAAAAGAGCGUGCGACCAACGAUGAGUAUCAAGAAGCUCGUAAAGAGAUGAUACAGCUGUGGAAUGCGAAUGAAGAAUUGAUGAAGGGAGAGAAGAUAAGAGUGAAAAGAAUGGGGCAAUUAAACCCUGAACCGUUCUUACCUGCUGUGAUGAAGAAAUUUAAAGUUCCAAGAUCAAGAGCAGAGAUUAAGGCUAUGCAGUUGUGUUCAGUGUGGGAAGCAAACAUAGGAGAUGUGCAAUGGAGUCCAUUUAAAAUCGAAGAUUCUGAUGGAACAGCAAAGAGAGUGGUGGACAAAAACGAUGAGAAGCUUCGAAAGCUGAAGAGCAAGUACGGUGAAGAAGUUCAUAAUGAAGUGGUAAGAGCAAAACUAGAGAUUGAGGAACACAACGCCAGUGGCGGCUAUGUGAUUGUGGAGCUUUGGAACUAUGAGGAAAACCGAAAGGCAACGAUGGGGGAAGUAACAGACGUGAUUUUGAAGAUAAGGUCGAGUCUUGCUGCUAUGAAGAACAAGCGAAAGAGGCCUUGAGGUCUUAAUUCAAGUAACAACUGUGACCGAGCCUUAGGAAAUGACCUCUCUUUUUGUUUAAUCUAUCAGUUUGAAUUAGGUUUGCUAUUUUGCUACUACUAUAAAACUGUGCUUGGUUUUCAAACUUGUUGAACCGAAUUGGAUUUGUUUCUUCAAUGGUUUAAAUCCAGAAACA